AUGGUGGGGUUUCUGCUGCCAGAGAGCGAGGGCAUGGCUGGACAGGUGCUCCUCAUUGUUCAGUUGGCGGUGUGCAGCUACAGCGUGUGCUUCAAUGGGGGCCAGUGUCGACAGGGCUCCAGCUCCCAGCUCUGUGACUGUCCUGCUGGCUUCAAUGGGCCCAGUUGCCAGUAUGAUGUAAAUGAGUGUGAGGAGACUAACGGCGGCUGUGAGGCUCUGUGCUGCAACACCAUCGGCAGCUUCUACUGCAAGUGUCCCUCUGGUGAGCAGCUGAAGGACGACGGCAGGACGUGCCAAGAUAUUGAUGAGUGCCAAGUCCACAACGGGGGCUGCCAGCACAGUUGCGUGAACUCCAGGGGCUCCUAUCACUGUGAAUGCAACCCAGGCUCUCGACUCCAUGUGGAUGGACGCACCUGCAUUGCUGUCCAAUCAUGUGGAAUCAGUAAUGGAGGAUGUGAGCAUUUCUGUGUUCAGCAGUCCGUUGCUGCUUUCCGCUGCCGCUGUAGAGCUAACUAUGUGCUGGCUGAGGAUGGCAAGCACUGCAAAUUGGAGAAUCCAUGUCUAGAUAAGAAUGGUGGCUGCAAGCACGACUGUCUUGUUGAUGGUGGCAAGGCCCGCUGUGAAUGUAGAAAUGGGUACAAGCUAGCAGAGGACAGGAAGACCUGUGAGGAUGUUGAUGAGUGUGAGUCGGAGCAGACGGGCUGUGCUCAUGGCUGCCACAACACCCUGGGCUCCUUCGCCUGUGUCUGUGAGACUGCCUACGAGCUGGGAGCAGACGGACGCCAGUGCUACCGGAUUGAGAUGGAGAUCGUCAACAGCUGUGAUAGCAACAACGGAGGCUGCUCCCAUCACUGCCAGCCCUCCACCGGCGGCCCUGUCUGCAGCUGUAACCAGGGUUACCGACUGGAGGAGGACCUCAAGACCUGUGUUGACCUGGACGAGUGUGGAGAGGGAAGCUCCUGCUGCGAGCAGGACUGUACCAACUACCCUGGGGGCUAUGAGUGCUACUGCGCAGCGGGCUACCGCCUCAACUCAGACGGAUGUAGCUGUGAUGAUGUGGAUGAGUGUCUGGCGGCUAACGGUGGCUGUGAUCACACAUGCCAGAACACCGCCGGCUCCUUCCAGUGUUUCUGCCGCCGAGGCUUUCGUAUGGACGAGGACCGACACUCCUGUGAACCGCUGGAGAAUACAGUUGAGGCCCUGUCUAGUGGGGGCCAGGAUGCUGUUGGGCCCCUGCCUCAGCUCACCCUGCUGCAGGACUACAACCAGCCCCUGGAGCGCUAUGACGACUAUGAGGAUGACGACGCUGGAGAGCUGCUGGCUGAGAGCACGCUAGCAGAGAAAUUUGUGUGUCUGAACAACACGUUUGGCCAUGACUGCAGUCUGACCUGUGAAGACUGUUCUAACGGAGGGCUCUGUGGCCCAGGGAGAGAUGGAUGUCACUGUCGCGAUGGAUGGACAGGCCUCAUCUGCAACCAGACUUGUCCUGAAGGAUCCUUUGGUAAGAACUGCUCGUUUCCCUGUAAGUGUAUGAACGGAGCCACCUGUGAUCCUGUUAAUGGGAAUUGUCGCUGCCCACCUGGCGUCAGUGGAGACAUGUGCCAGGAAGGCUGUCCUAAGGGCUUCUAUGGGAAACAGUGCAAUAAGAAGUGUAUCUGUGCCAGUAACGGGCGCUGCCACCGCACCUACGGAGCCUGUCUGUGUGACCCUGGACUCUACGGGAGGUUCUGCCAUCUACCAUGUCCCAAGUGGGCCUUUGGACCGGGCUGUUCAGAGGAGUGUCAGUGUGUCCAACAGAACACUCUGGAGUGUCACCGUCGCCACGGCACCUGCGUCUGCAAGCCCGGUUGGCAAGGCAAUGCGUGCAGGGAAGAGUGUGACCCAGGCACGUUUGGCCCAGGCUGUGAGAACAAGUGUGAGUGCCCGCUUGGACUGUCUUGUGAUCAUGUGACUGGGCAGUGCCAACGCCUGUGCCCGGCUGGUCGCCGUGGAGACAACUGUGAUCAAGACUGUCCAGAGGGGAGGUUUGGGACAGGCUGCACUCAGGCCUGUGACUGCUCAGGGGCCCUAUGUGACAGAGUGAGUGGCCAGUGUCAGUGUCCUGCAGGAACAUCAGGAAAACGCUGUGAGAAUUUGUGUGCGGAGGGCUCCUGGGGCGCGGGCUGCCGUGAGGCCUGUCCAGCCUGUGAGAAUGGAGGAGUGUGUGACAAACACAACGGGACCUGUUCCUGCCCUCCUGGGUACAUGGGCAGGCUCUGUCAGAACUCAUGUCCGACAGGACGGUUUGGUGUUGGAUGCCAGCUGCGCUGUGUGUGUGAAAACAGCGGGCGCUGCCACCCUGUCACGGGCCGUUGUACCUGUGCCCCUGGCUGGGCCGGACAUAACUGCAGGAAAGCCUGUGACUCCGGGCACUGGGGGGUGGACUGUGCUGAGAAAUGUGACUGUAAGAAUGGGGAUGGGAGCUGUGACGCAGUGACGGGCCAGUGUAACUGUGAGGCCGGCUACACUGGGACACAAUGCCAUGAAGAGUGUCCAGUGGGGUCUUUCGGUCUGGGCUGUCGGCAUCACUGCCAGUGUGACAACAAGGGGUCAUGUGACCAUGUCAGUGGAGCAUGCACCUGCCUGGUGGGCUGGACUGGAACCUUCUGUGAAAAACCCUGUCCCCAGGGCUUCUAUGGGUUGGACUGCCAGGAGAAGUGUGUCUGUCUGAAUGGAGGUCACUGCAACCAUGUCACUGGGAUGUGUGUGUGUCCUGCUGGUUGGAUCGGUCCUACCUGCAAACUGACAUGCCCAGCUGGUUUCUAUGGGGAGUGCUGUAACCAAACCUGCGGUUGCCAUAACAAUGGCAACUGCCACCCGGCGAGCGGGCAGUGUGUCUGUACACCUGGCUGGACAGGGCCCAGCUGCUCACAGGAAUGCCCAGUGGGCUUCUAUGGGGCGGACUGCCGUCAGCACUGCCUGUGCCAGAAUGGAGCCAAAUGUGACCGAAUCAGUGGGCAAUGUAUCUGUGCCAACGGGUGGAUGGGCGCAGCCUGCGGCAUAGAGUGUGUAGCAGGGUGGUUCGGGGCCGACUGCCAGCAGCAGUGUCAGUGUGAGAACGGGGGCCACUGUGACAGACAGACGGGCCAGUGCAACUGUGGUCCUGGAUGGGUCGGAGAGCGCUGUGAAAAAGCCUGUGUGUCAGGCCUGUUUGGGGCUGGCUGUGAGGAGAGCUGUCAGUGUGAGCAUAAAGCCCCCUGUCACCACGUUACUGGGCACUGCCUCUGUCCACCAGGUUGGAGGGGACCCCAGUGUGAUAAAGCCUGUUUACCUGGAACCUAUGGCAAGGGCUGUGUGCAACGCUGUACCUGUUCCCAGGGUACUUCCUGUCACCAUGUCUCUGGGGAGUGUGGCUGUCCCCCUGGACUCACUGGCAAUGGCUGUGAACAGACCUGUCUGUCAGGGACAUAUGGACUCAACUGUAACCAGGUGUGCCAGUGUUCUGAGACCAACCAGCUCUGCCACCCAGUGACUGGGUUGUGUUACUGCGCCCCAGGCUUCCAAGGUCCUCAAUGUAAAUUGGAGUGUCAGAAAGGUUGGUAUGGUCCCAACUGUGAGCGAGAGUGCCAGUGUCAGAACAGUGGGAAAUGCAGCUCCACCUCUGGCACCUGUGAAUGCACAGCAGGGUUCAUCGGAGCACACUGCAACAUCACGUGCCCAGCUGGUCGUUAUGGGCAGGACUGUGCCCGCGUGACACUGUGUGGAGAGGGGGCACAGAAUGAUCCUGUCACUGGUAGAUGUCACUGCAGCCCUGGGCGAAGAGGGGAGGACUGUGGACAAGGCUGUGCUCCUGGAUGGUUUGGAGGGGACUGUGCUAUGCGCUGUAACUGCAGUAACGGAGGACUGUGUGACUCUGUCUCUGGAAGCUGUACCUGUGGUCUGGGCUGGACUGGGGCUCACUGUGACACAGAAUGCCCUCCGGGGACAUUUGGAGGUAACUGCCAGCUGAAGUGUGACUGCCAGAACAAUGGCACCUGUGACAGGGUGACUGGAACCUGCCAGUGUGGUCCAGGAUACUACGGACAUCAGUGUGAACAUGCGUGCCCCCCUGGUCUCCAUGGCCCUCUGUGCCAGCUUCAGUGUGACUGUCUGAACAGGGCGUCCUGCAACCCCUCCACUGGCUUCUGUGUCUGUCCUCCAGGGUACCAUGGCUCCCGCUGUCACAGAGAGUGUCAACAGGGCACGUUUGGUGUGAACUGUGCCAAGUCAUGUGACUGUGAGGAGGGCACGCCCUGUGACCCUGUGAGUGGCAGGUGUCUGUGCACCUCAGGCAAGACUGGACCCAGGUGUGACAUCGACUGUAAAGCAAACCGCUAUGGGCCAGACUGCACAGAGCGCUGUGUGUGUGACAACGCGGCUCACUGUGACCAUCGGAACGGCCGCUGCACAUGUCUCAACAGCUGGAUCGGAUUCACCUGUCAGGAAGGUGGGCCUCCACGUCUCCCCUACAGAAGCAGGAGGGAAGAUAACUCACAUCUAGACAACGCGUUAUAGCGUCCCCUUUUGGUUGGAGGCUCUAAUCACCAAUGAGCCUCCGACUGUAAGAGGCUGAGGCAGCAGCACAAGAUUCACUGAAGCCGAACUGAAGUGGAUUAAAAGGGUGGAUAUUAUUAUUUCAGAAAUACACACCCCAACGGGACAGGAUACUGCUGCACCCACAGGAGCUGGAUGACAGACAUUGAGAAAUAGACUCUAAGGAGAAAUGUUCUCAGUGUUUGCUCUAGGGUGGAUAAUGCUUUGUUGUGUGUGUAUACUUUGAACUGUGCAGGGCUUUCAUUGUUUGUGUUCAUGUGUGUACUGUAUAAAUGUGCAGCUCCCACUCAGGCAUGGCCUGACUCAUCAGUGAUGAGGUACGGUAUGUUGUGACCCCCUUUCUGGUAGUUAGAGUGCGGUCAGGGGGUACCAGGACUAGGGGCUCUAUUCAAUCUGUAUGGCUGAAGCGUUACAUUUAAAGGUAAUUACCUAUUGAGCCGACAUCUGCAGCGUUUACCGUGAAUGCAGUCUCUGCUAAUGCAGGAACAUUGCCUUCAAAUUUAAAUCAUGUUGUAACGAUGAAUUUCCGCGAUACGGAUUGUAUAGCGCCCUAGAUCUCCCCCACCACAGCCUCCUCUGCACACUCCCAUCCUGGACAAACAACCCACGGAUAUAGGAGAUGUGUGGCGACCGUUGCUGAACGUCCAACACUAACAAUCAUUUUUAUACAGUAUACAUGUGGCAUUAUUAUACAAAUCCCAUCACUUCUACAUCAUAUACCGUAUGAUGAUUCAUUAUUUUCAUCUGUCCUUAUGAAUAAGCCAUCAGAACCAAUAGGUGACCCAGAGCCAACAUGACCCAGGUAUCUAUGGUUUUUGAAUAGUAGUGUGAGGUGAUUCCUAUCAUACAAUGUAAAGUGAUUCGAGCACCUGAAAAAGCACUUUCAAUAUUUCCAAUCCAGUAUAAUAUUGUGAUGUCUAUUUGCAGUGAAUGACAAAGUUAUGUUUGAUAUUCUGUACUUUAUAUGAAGUUACUUGUUAUACAAAUGUUGGUGCUAUGACGCUUUAAUCCACUAUAUGUUGACCAGAAGACAGUAUAUUAUCUACAUAUUGGUCAGUACAUUUUUGUUUACUACAGUAUGUUUGAGUGGGCGAUUCUGAUUCAUAUCCAGUUCAGCCCAUUGGAUUGCACAAUGAUACAGGAGACACAAUAGAACUUGAGCAGACAGUGGGCUCAGCCCAGUCAUGGUAAACAGUACCUUUUUUGUUUUUGUGUAUAAAGUGCUCUUACAUAUAUUUAUAUUUUAUACAGUAUAUUGUGUACAGUUCAAGAUAACGCAGUUUGUAAGUGUAUACUGUCUAUGACUGGAGUGAAGAGGAUUUUCUAAUCUGGACACCUAGUUAAUAACCCAUAAGAUAACAAAAACAAUCAAUGAAUGAAAAAGUCAAACACAUGGAACUGUUUUUUACAUUCUUAUUUUUUCAUUGUCAUUUCAUUAAAGACUGAAGCUGUACAUAUUGUCUAACUUCAGAUUGAAGCACAGUGCAGUAAGCAGAUGAAAAUAAAGAAGAAACGGCAGAGGUGACCACAACCAUAAAUAUAUACAACGGUCAAACUAUGUACAUACAGGAGAUACCACUCUAGCUAGGGCAUCAUCACUGAGCGAAUGUAGUCUGCCAUUGCGUUUAUUUGAGAGCAUUCUGCACAAUGCAUACGCAAUACAAAUAAAUUGCUUAUUUUUGUCAAUCUUUACACAGAUACAAUAUUAAGAGGAAAAUGCAGCAUGGUGAAAAUUUAAAUAAACACCCAGCUUUUAUUCUCCCUCUUGUACUUCUUCUAUGUUAAAGGCCAGAACAUGCAAAAAAUAAACUUUAACAUACGGCCUUCUGUGAGAUGAGCAUCAUUCAUCUACAGGGCUGAUUUCAUAGGUUUCUGAGCUGAUAGUAACAUCAAUACUAUGACAUGUAUGGUACAGUGGCUGUGUGAAGGGAGGCUGUCAGAGUGCAACACUGGACAGGGAGACAAGAAACCCUGCAACGAUGAGUCUACUCACUAAACAGCCUGACUCAAACACCUCAAAUUCUUAAAAACCAUCCACACUGCUUGCCUAGCAUUAUCCACAAUGUCAGUAAGGCGCACGCUCUUCCACGAGUUCAUUUCACAGCAAUGCUGUUGUGUUGCCAUGUUGUGUUGCCAGAGAGUGGUCCAGUAAAUAGAGGAGCUCUGUGGUGCUCAUCAAGCUCUACAGAGCAGCCUCUCUCUCUCAGCACAGCCCUGGGGGCGAGCUAGAGCUACGCUCAACACCAUCACAAUUAUCACCUGACAAAUCAGUGCACAGCUCUGUGCAUGUACGCGUCACAUUGAAUUGACCACCAAAUAUGUCUAGGGAUAACUCAUUGUGACAGUGCCUUUGAGCCUUUUUAUUUUAUGAAACAUUUCUGCUGCACGAUAUUCGGUUAUUUCGCUCAUUACCCUGCUGAAAGACAGUAAGACAGAAAAUCAUGAUCAAUUAUGAUUUUUUUGUUUUGUUUUCUGAGAAAACCACAUUGGCUUUUGCCACUAAUUCACUCAAGACAUACAGUACCAGACACAGCAAAUCAAAUGUACACAGUUUACGUUUAACACAGACGCUAAAAAUAUUUGUUUCCCCUCCACAAACACACACACACACUUUGAAUCUGUAUCUAUGCCAAGUAUUUGUUGUCUGACCAGAGGGGCUAGCCAUGCAUACACACCUCCAAAUCUCCUCUUCACUUUGCCUGAGAAGCAUCUACACUUCCCUCGUCAUUCCAUUUUGUCCUACUCACUGACACUACAGGGCCAGGUCACACCAUGGUUAGCAUCUACAUACAAAAAUAAAAGUUACUUGAUGCUGUAUAUACAAUGAGAAAGGGCUUUGUGUAGUUUCUAGAGUACACUUCAUUAUGCUUGUAACUGGAUCCUAUAAAAAGUUGUGAUGGUUUAAACAUAGUGUUACUUUGUACAAAAUCAAGCAUGACUGUUGCAAGUGUUCCCCUUUUUUCUACAGCAAAUGACAUCUCCAGUAUGUACAUUAGAAACAUUAUUAUCCUUUUUAGUUAACGAUUGGACAUUACUUUAAAAGGUUAAAUGUGUAAAAAUGAUUUCAUGGAUUUAAUAAAAACAUUUAAAUAACUAAAAUAAAGGAUAAUUGGACUUAGUUUAAUAUGCAAAAAGAUUUUGUAAUUUAUUGGACACGGAGCAUCUUGGUGACCUUUUCUUUUCUUGUACCUCUGUUACUGGUAACUGAGUUACAAAUGUUCUCAACAUAAGAAUGUGUGCAGUUUUAAGUUUCUGCAGAACAGGAUGAUGUCAGCCAGGAGCCCAUUGAAAACAUCCUGUUUGUGUCCUGGACCAGACAUAAAAAUAUAUGUUUUAUUGUCACAAACCCCGGAUAGGUGCCGUGAAAUGUGUUGUUUUACAGGGACAGCCAUAAUAGUACGGCACCCCUAUGGCUGGCACUCAAAUUAGAUAUCUCUAUCUUCACGGAAGCCCAGCGAAGACUGGUGGGCAGAUACACACGCAAAUGAUACUGUAUCUAUAGAGUACAUUAUUUUAUGUUCAGUAUUGGGGGUAGCGGGGUUACUGUAAUAUAGAUUUUUUACUACUGUUAUAGAGUUUAUAAACUGGCUCGAGCCCUGAAUGCUGAUUGGCUGACAGCCAUGGCAUAUCAGACCGUAUACUACGGGUAUGACAAAACAUUUA